AUGACUGAGACCACAGAUGCAACCCCAAAAGAGAACUUUCCAGGAGAACAGUCAUUCCAAGGGGUAAAAGUAGAAAAACUCAGAGGGGGCAAACGGUGCCACUCCACUUUGGGGAACUGUAGGGAAAGUGAAAGCCAUAAAAAGAGGCAGCAGGCAAAACAGGAGAGUGAUGUGAGAAAAAUUAUUAAACGUCAGAAGAUUUACACUGGAGACAGAAGUUAUAAAUGUAAUGAAUGUGGGCAAAGAUUUACUCACAAUUCAAGCCUCAUUGUACACCAGAGAAUUCAUACUGGAGAGAAACCUUAUAAGUGCAAUGAAUGUGGGAAAGCAUUUACUCGCAACUCAGUCCUUACGGUACAUCAAAGGAUUCACACUGGAGAAAAGCCGUAUAAAUGUGAUGACUGUGGGAAAGCUUUCAUUCAGAGCUCAAACCUUAUUUUACAUCAGAGGAUUCAUACUGGAGAGAAGCCUUAUAAAUGUAAUGAUUGUGGGAAGUCUUUCAUUCAGAGCUCAGAUCUUAUUGUACACCAGAAUGUUAAUACUGAGGAGAAGCCAUAUAAAUGCAAUGAAUGUGGGAAAUCCUUCAUUCUGAGUUCAACCCUUAUUGUUCAUCAGAGGAGUCAUACUGGAGAGAAGCCUUUUACAUGUAAUGAAUGUGGGAAAACAUUCAUUCAGAGAUCAGACCUUGUUAAGCACCAGAGAAUUCAUACUGGAGAGAAGCCUUAUAAAUGUAGUGAAUGUGGGAAAGCCUUCAUUGAAAGUUCUACUCUUAUUGUACACCAGAGGAUUCAUACUGGAGAGAAGCCUUAUACAUGUAUUGAGUGUGGAAAAACAUUCACUCGAAACUCCUACCUGCAUCAACAUCAGAGGAUACAUACUGGAGAGAAACCUUUUAAAUGUAAUGAAUGUGGGAAAGCCUUCACUCGAAAUUCAAGCCUUAUUCUACACCAGAAGGUCCAUACUGGAGAAAAGCCCUAAAAUAGAAUGAAUAUAGGAAACUCUUCAUUCAGAAUUCAACUGUUAUUAAACAUUAGCUAUAUUAUAUUGGAUAGAAGCCUUAUAAAUAUAAUGAAUGUGGGAAUGCCUUCAUUCAAAGGUCAGAUCUCAUCAAGCACCAGGGGAGUCAUAUUGGAAAGAAGACUUAUUAAUCCAACAAGUGUGGAAAUUCCUUCGUUGAGAGUUUCAGUUGUACAUAAGAGGAUACAUACAGGAGAGAAGCCUUACAAGUGUGAUGACUGUGGCAAGGCAUCUCCCAGCUCUUGACUUUUUUCUGCAUCAGAGAAUUCAUGAUGAAGGGAAAUCCUUAUUGAAUGUGAGCUGCAGCAUAUUAGAGGGGAAGCUCACAAAUGUAAAUAAUUUGGGAAAGCAUUCACUCAGAGUCCAGGGCUUAUACUUCUGAGGAUUCAUACUGGAAAGAAUACUCAUAAACACAAAGCAGUUUACUGAGAACUGAGCCUUUAUUAGACAUCAAAAGAUUCAUACUGGGUAGAAUCUU